GCAUUUUAUAGUGCUUACUGGGCGCGUCUUGUUCACCAUGCUCACUCACUUACACCUUGUUCUUCAAUUCUGGCGUCUCUUCCAGUCGUGGCCGAAGCAAGCACGGCAACCUGUGACUCGCGUUUGCCUGCGACCUGCGUAGCUUACAUAGACCCUGUAAGACGCCUCAUGCAGGCAAGGGUGUUGUCUACACAUACUGGGCGCUGUCUAUGUCCACGAGGCGCCGUCGCAAACAAAUGAGAGACGCAGAUAUUGUGUGCGGUGACCCGCGCCACCAACAUUACCAACAUCCAUGGCCUUUUUUAUUGUGCGGUGUACCUACCGGCUCGGCAUUUGUCCACGACACGCGGCAGAACUCCUCCAAGGACUGGCGGCCGUUCGCAAGCUUACCCCCUCACCACCCUCUCCUUCAGGCCCUGACUCCCCAUCGACCGGUAACCCAUGGAACGCGGAAUGUCUUGCACAGUGUGCCUAGUCAUAGACGCGACAAUGUGCUUGAUGGUGACGGGUUUCGGAUCCAUGGUCGAGAGUGUCGGUGUAAGCCGCGCAAGGGAGUUACAUCAUGUAGCCUUCGAUGAGAGUGUCAGCAUCACCACUCAGAUCAACAAGAAAUACCGCCAAUCACAUAAAACCCUUAUUACACAAUCACAUACAGGCCUCUUGAGCAGACUACACCAUCUCCUCCGCCAUCACUAGACACCUACGCAAAG